CUCGCCUAACCUAAAUCACGUUUAGGUUUGGGUGAAAUUGUCUAUCCUAAAAAUGCAACCCGAGGCAACACGCUCGCUCAUCCUGUUGAUUGCCUUCCUCCCAAUGCAUGUUACAGCUUUAAAUCUGAUCGACACAGACUUGUGCCACGUUACGCUACGGUGCAUUUUGUUCAAAAUCCGUCCGCUUUAAUUUCUCGGUAUGGGGACUAAAGAACUGUCUUUCCUAAGAGCGCUGAAGUACUUUUAGAGGAAGAACAACCAAUAUACUUAGAUAUCUUCUGUUGAUCACAGUUUCCUUUAAACAUAAAACCCCGGCAGAUUUUAUGAAGAGGCAUAGCUAAUUUUGCAGAAACGCCGUUUCCAUCCACGCAAAUAGAAUAAUGGGAGAGAAAUGAGAAGGAAAACAAAAGCGAAGCGAAUUCUUGAUUACGAAAAUGAAGAAGACGAGGAAGAGGACCAAAAACUGGAUGCCAUAUGUCACGGUCUCCAGAAACGAAGAAAACAAAUGUAUCCUGCCAAAGAGAAAGCAGAGGAAAAUUCAUCCUCCGCUGCGGGGCUCCAGAAGUUCAACAUUGGGGCCUCUGAGAUUGAUGGGGCCCCAGCCGAUCACCUCACAGACAGCGUCUCCUCUCCUGAGGAAGCCGACUACUUGCAGUCCUACUCCAAGAUGGAGCUCAUUGCCAUGGUACUGUGCAUGCAGAGGGAGAUGGAGAACUUGAAGGAGCAAAUUCGGUGCCUUACAGCUUGUGGGAAGCUUGCCAGACAUCUUGAGGCCCUGAUUGAAAAGACCCAGAUGUGGUCAAAUAGGGACAGCAAGACCUCUGUCCCAGCGGCUCCCAGCAUGGCUAGUGUCCCAGUACAGAUAGAUACCACUGUCCCAACCCUGCUGACUACCCCGGCUGCCCUGAAUGGACAAUGGCCGAAGCAGGAGAGCCCAUCCCAGAAGCUACAGGACUCUCCUCACAGGACCAGACUAUUCACAGAGUUUAUCACCCCCGAGUUGUUGGAGAGGUGCAACACCGGCACCACGGCUCAGAAGCUGACCAAUGACCUGCUGCGGGGGCUCUAUGAGCGGGACUGCCUGGCCUCACACUCCAUCUCCGGCGUGGUGUACAACAAGAGAGGCCAGCCCAAGCCGGCGCUGCCCACCGAGGAGGUGCAGGCCAUCCUGAGGACCGUCCAGUACUUCUUUCCUGGGAAGACGGACGCAGAGAUCAAGGGCUAUAUCCGGCAGAAGCUGCAGAACGAGGCGAAGCGUCUGAGGAAGAAGCCCUCUCCUUCAGACCACGAGGACUCCAGGGGUCCCGGUCUGACCGGUCCCAGAGCGAGCAGUGUUAGCGUGAGUGUUGCUGGGCAGAGGCCGAGCGUCGAUUGAUAAAAUUGGUUUUUAAGUGUCCCGUGUUCUCUAGGUGGUAGCCCCGAAGAAAUGUUUAUGUGCCUACACUCUCCUUAAUAAAGUCACAGUCAAAAACCUAAAGCCGUCUUUGGACCGCGCGCGGCGCGACUGUGAUGUUAUUGAAGUCAGAGCGGUGGUCCUGUGCAGUUACAAAAGUCUUCAUUUUUGCAUUCACCUUGGCCUAUGGCUGGAUAAAGCCCAGCCAACAAUAGACGUAGAGUUGAAUGUCGUCUGUAAAACGUUUCAUUUUUGAUAAUAUUUUCUAUUUAAGAGAUUAAUGGACAUGUAAUAAAUGUAAAAGACUGUCGUGUGUGAAAGCCACGUUAGAACCAGUGACAGUCACACAUGCAUUGUAUUUUCAAUGUAUUUCUUAUUUGGCAGUGUACUCAGAUGUACUCUCAUGGUCCCAGACGAAACUAGCUUUAUGUUUGUAGUUCUUUUAUAAUUAAAUAACAUAAAACAA